AUGAUUGACACCACAAAUGAUGCGAAAUUUAGAAAGUAUCAAGACGCGAUUCGCAAAUGUAUCGCGCUUUUUCAAACCGUGGAACAAUGGCCUGACUAUAUAUCAUACUUGACGAAGCUUCAUAAGGUUUUACAACUGUACUCGUCAUUCAAAACCAUUCCCUGUAACCUGCUCGUCUCCAGAUCUUUGGCUGAAUGUUUAUCUCCAGGGCUUCCAUCUGGUGUACAUAAGAAGGCUUUGGAAGUCUAUGAUUAUGUAUUUACUAUUUUGGAAAAGGAUGUGCUUGCGGAGGAACUGACUGUAUGGACGUAUGGUCUUACACCAUUCUUUUCUAUUUCAUCUAUAAAAACAAAAAAUGACUAUAUAAAUAUUAUGCGAAAACACUAUGUCACCCUGGGACGGUCAAUUCGUCCUUGUUUUCAAGCUGUAUUUAUAUCGCUCCUAUCAGGAUUGGAAGAAGAAAGCGACGAACAUUCACAAGAGACCCUUGUCCUAAUAGAUGAUCUUAUAAAAGGUUUGGAUGAUGAUAAAUUUGCAUGGGGUAGCAUUUGGUCAGCUAUAUUAAGCUUUCCUAGCCAAAGGCCGGGUGCAUUAUUAUACUUACUUCGAACUUGUAAUUCUCAUUCUAAAGAAGAGGUCCACUCCAAAGUAAUUCAACCAGAUCCGAGCCUUGUCACUCGCGCCCUAGCAGCUGCAAUUAGUGAUAAUGAUGUCCUUGUUCAAAGAGGUUAUAUGGACGCAUUGUUACACUACUUUUCCAUUCGAUCUCCUUUCUUACAACGAGUGAAAUCUUUUGAUUUAAAGCUUUUACACAUGUCUGUUGCAUCUAUAAUUUUACGAAAUGAUCUUUCGUUAAAUAGAAGAUUUUAUGCGUGGCUGAUGGGUUUGCCCAAAGAUUCAGAGUUAUCGGGUCCUGAUCCAGCCGAUGAAAUGGAUCCAUCCAUCAUUUUGGAGAACAUGGCUGUUUUCAUUGAAGGCAUUCGAGACUUACUUUCUUCUAAAACCAGCAUAAUUUCUAUAUACAAGGCUUUUCGAAUACUUUAUACGCUUUCUGACCGAAAAUCUAUUUUCUCAGUUAUAGAGAGUCAAAUUUUACCCUUUGUUUUCCAAGCCUAUCACACUAUCAGUAUUUCUACAUAUAAAAAGGAUUCCAAGCAUUUGCAUGAUUCCUCAAUUGACUAUGGCCGCCGUCUCAUUAUGCGAUUUAAUGACCUAACUAUUUAUGAAUUCUUGUUUAAGUGUAUAAGAGAUUACGUUACUAAUAAAGAAAAGCAUUUAGCUUCCCUGGAAAUGUUCCACUUUAGCUUGCGAAAUCAGCAACAUUUUUUUAAUGGAAUCGAUGAAGAGUAUUUCUUCUUAUUUUUUUUCUACAUGAUUUUUUACUUAAAAAACAACCUAUCCUUGAUUACGCAGGACUCCUCUUUAGAUUUGUUCAUUUCUACUUGCUCACUUUUGGUGAAUAACUUUAAAUGGAGUUCUUUUAAAGAUUACAGUAUGGCAUCUUCAUCAGAGGAAUGCCACUCUAAAGCUAUAUAUUUCCUUGAACGUCGCAUACGCGAAAUGAGCGACUUUCCUGAAGGAAGAUCUUUAUACUCAGAAUCCGUGUCGAGCUUGCUUUAUUUUUUGAGCGAAUAUACCUAUAUAGAGAAGUUUCAUCAUAGUGUUCUCUCAUUUCUUUUACAGCUUUUGAAAGAGGCCAUUGAUCCAAAAGUAGAAUAUGAUUUUCUAGGAAUUACCAUUGAAGGACUAAGUCAAAAGUCCUGGAACUUUCAAGAGCUAGAAAGUCUUGUGUCAUUUUUACCUUCCAGAAUGCUUUUAAGCUCAAAUCAUUUGGUACAUCUUGUACUUGAAACUGUCUGGGAUGAGAUAUGCGUAAAUUCUUAUCUGCGAGAAGAGAAAUCCUUAGAUAUUAUAUGGAUCCUUCAAGAAAAAUUGCAGAAUAAAAAGAUCGAGUCUUUCUUCUCCACCUGCGUUGUUAAGCAACAAAUGGCUAACAAAACUUCUGCAAUUUAUCAAAUUUCUUUCUACGAUACACUUAGGAAGAGUGCCCAACAUUCCUUAUUCCAUGCUGUUUUUGAUAGGCCGUUGUUACUAUUACUGAGCUCUUUGUUAGGUGACAGGCCCGAAAAAGAUUUAAGUGCUCUGAUAAAUUGGUUAAGCUCAUCUACGGCGCUUCAAUUACGGGUUUUAGAGCUUAUAACUGGAAAUUUAUUGCUCCAAUCUCCGAAUCUGUCCACCGUUCAUACUCUCGGAAAUGAUACAACAAAAUAUAAUAUCAUUGAAACGCAGAGGAAUAGUCAAGCUUCACAAUGCUUUUACUUCUUCCGAAUAAGUUAUCAGCUAAUUCUACAUUCUGAAUUAUUCAUCAGUCAAGAAGACUUGUUGGCGAGUUCAAAAGAAAUUGAGAAAUUGUGCCUUAUAAGUUGGGCUGACACGUUGUUAGUGAAAGAACAGUCUCUUAAUUAUACGUCUUUCCUUGCAAUUCUUAUGAAGUCGUUGCUGGAUAUUUUCAACGAGAGACAUGUAAUAAAGGAGAAAGAGGAUGUGUAUAAAUUGUAUUCUUGGGCAUUCAAAUUAUUUCGUCAAAUCAUCCAGGUUUGGAGCGAACCAUUGGACUGUGAACUGCAAGUAGUUGAUAGCCUUCUUGCCCUCGUAAAAAAUGUUGAACCAGAUUCCGAUUCCAGCUAUCAAGACUUCCUUUUGAACUUACUUAGUUUAUUGGGAUUUCUUCAACCGAGACUUAAAUCCUCCAAUUAUCAUUCAGCAGAAAAUCGCGACAAUAUAAGAAAUUUCAUUAUGGCUGGUUUAUCUAACAACGAUCCCAUAAUUUGCUCGAGAUGGCUUAAAGUAAUAAAUGGAUUUCUACCGAAUAUGUUACAGGACCUCCCAAUAUUGGUUAUACCGUCCAUUCAGUUUUUGUCUUCACUUAUAGAUGACUUUCUAAAACAACACGAAGCUGUGUAUAGAGAUUUUCCCAAAUCUUUACGUGACCGCACAUACAUGGAUGUAUUCAUAUUUAAACUAGAAACAUUAAGUACUAUGAUUGCACGUGUCAUUCAGCACUUUCCAUACACGCCAAGCUCCAAAAGGUCAAUGGAAACUAGCGGUCUUAUUGGGAAUGUAAUUUCUGGCGUAUUUUCUAAUGAUACUUCAGCUUCGUCCGUUGAUAUUAGCAAGCGCCUUUCUAUGCUGCUUGUUUUACAGGAUGCUGUCCGCACUUUAUUUUCUUGUUAUUCUUGGGAUUUAAAAUGUGGGUUUUUUGAUAAGGGUUCUAAGGUAUUUGUAAAUGACACGGCCUCACUUAAAGAAGCUGCCGCUAAAGGUAUUUUACGGCUUUAUGAGCAUGAACCUAUGGAGUGUGUUGAGAUGCUUGCUUACAUAUAUAUCAACUAUGAUUCCCAGUAUUCUCAAUGUGUAUGGGAGUUGUUUUCGUUUUUAAGCGAGGAAUGUCCAGAGCGUAUAAUUAAGCACUUGACUUCGUCUUUCUUUGCCAGAGAGACAGUUGCCACGUACAACGGCCCUUCUAGUCUAACCAUCAAAGUUACGCAAAUGAAUACUUUAGACUGUAUUUGUUCAUAUGUUGGUCAGCUUAAAGAAAACCAAAUACCCGGGGUCUUUCCUGAAAUAUCUAAAUUUUUACGAGAAAUCAUCAUCUCUUCUAACUCUUUUAAGGAUUAUUUACUUGUUUCACUUCGGAUUUUAUUUUUGAUAUCAAAGCAUAUCAAUAAUAAUUCAGAUUCACGCCAACAAAAAGAGUUUUUUGAUCUUUGGAAUCGAUGUCUAACGGCUACUUUGUUCCAUGUGGGAAAAACACCUGAAAGCCAAGUAAUUGCCGAUUUUUUUGCUUAUAAGGAACUGCGACAGGAAGCGUCAACAAAUUCCAAAAAGCAGCGAUCUAUAGAGCCUGUGUAUUUAUUUUCAAGAUAUUUGGAACCGGCGCUACUUGAGUUCUUUUGUGUAGAGCUAAUUCCGAAUAUAUCAGAUUUAGCAAGGGACGAGGAAAAAUUAAUUGGAUGGUCAACUAUGAUUAUAAACGCCUUUAUUACACCAAUUGUUAAAGCAAGGACAUUUCCUGAAGCAUUUGCUGAGAUGCACUUGGAUUUGUUGGUUGUAUUCAGUCGGUAUUCUUCUCUUUGCAAAUCUUGGAAGAAGGAAUUUUGGGAUAUAUUCAACGAUAAUAAUUUAUUCCGUUUUGAUACAAGCCAACUUCGAAAGCUAGCUCCGGUCAUUCACGUUGCAUUAUAUCAAGAUUUGACUCGCUUAAGUGAUUUAAUUACCAAGUCAGACCUCGGUAUGACUGCGCUGUUCACAUCGCGAGAUGCCCAAUUGGGAGUUCGUCAAGGAAAUUUAUGUCGAAUCACCAUAUUUAUUUUGUCUUGCCAUAAGGACUUCUUUUUACCCAGCCUUCCACCCAUUAUAGAUUUAAUUAAACGACUUUUAGGCUCUGAUCCCGAAGGAGUCUUGAAGAAAGAGCUUUUCUUAAUCAUUCGUGCUCUUGCGUUGAGGACGACAUCAACUCAUCUACUUAGUCUCUGGCCAGUCGUAAUUAGUGAACUUCAAAUUGUUUUCCAAAAAUUCUGUAUGGCCGAUGCUACUAUCUCCAAAGAAACCUUAGUAGAUGCCUGUAAACUUUUGGAUUUUUUGUCGGCGUUAAAGCCAGAGGAAUUUUCUUUGCAUGAGUGGAUCUUAAUGAUGAGUCCUUUAGACGCAGUUUAUUGGAAUUCAAGGACGUCUCCAAAACCUUUGGUACAUUUGGUAGCGGAGCGUUUAAAAGACAGUUCGUCAGAUCUCUUUGAAAAGAACAGUAUUGAAAGUUCUGAACAUUCUUCUUCCGUGACUUUAAGGACUCCUUCUCUCCCUGCUUAUCCUACAGAUGGACAAUUACGACAAUUUUUGAAUGCAAUACCAAUUGAUGUAUAUGAGGAAAGUUAUUCUUUAAGUGUAAUCGAUCUUUACUGGUUUGAAGAAUCUAUUUAUAGAGAAUUACUCCAGCGGUUUUCUGUUCCAACAAGUUCUUCUGCCUCAUAUCCUGCAUCUAAGUCUUCCUUGGCACCAACUACAGAAUUUACGUAA